CUGGAUUUUUAGUAUAUAAGCAAAACGGGUCGCUCCAGUCAGACAUUAGUUAGCAGCCCAACUAAACCCAAACCCAACUAAGCCAUCAAAAUGAUGAAGUUCAUGUGCAUUUUCGUCUGCGCCCUCGCCGCUGUCUCGGCCAGUUCGUACAAUCGCGGCUACGGCAGUGCACCCGUCGGCGGCUAUGCCUACCAGGUGCAGCCUGCUCUCACCGUGAAGGCUAUCGUCCCCGCUGGCGGUUAUGGCAGUGGCGGCUAUGGUGGCGGCUAUGGCGGCGGCUACGGCAAGAGCAUUGAGGUCCCAGUCUCUGCCCACUACACCUACAGCCGCAACUAUGGCUAUGGCGCCGCACCCGUCGAUCGUCAGGCUGUGUCGCUGGCCAAGCUUGGCCUGGCCGCACCCAAGGCUGGUGCUCCUCUGCUCUGGAAGGAGCCCCAGCGCCUGGUGGAGCGCUCUUACGGCCCCCGCCAGAGCUACAACCAGCAGUCCAGCUACGGCUACGGCGAGGAGGCACAGGGUGGCUCAGCUGCCGCCGCCGCCAGCUCCGUGGCUGGCCAGAACAAUGGCUACAAGAACUCCGGCUACAAGAGCUCCGGCUACUAAGCGAGCUCAACUACAGUGAAAUAAAAGCUACCAAAGCUUAAGACUUAUAGGCGAAUAAGAAGAAACUAGGAAGUAAUAAAUGCCACCAAACUUAAGAAACUUAAA